AUGGCGGACAAAUUCGUCACCGCUCAUGCAAGGGCGAAGAAGGCUGAAGCUAGGGUCAAUGAUAUCUUCGUCGUCAGACAAACGAUGGGCGAGGGACUUCGGGAUUUCCUGGCCCGAUUCAACAAAGUAAGGGCAGAUGAGGAUGACCUGAACGAGUCGCUUCAACGAUUAACAUCGGUUCAAAUCGAGACAAGGAGAGAUCGACGUAAUGACGGGCGAAGAGAUCAACCACCACGCUUCAACCGAGAAAGGCAUCAGCCCUAUAUCCGAACAUCGAACGCGCCCCCUCCUCGACACGCGGAAGCCUUGCCGCGGCACACUGCGCCCCUCCGAAAUGAGAGAGGUAUGCCUCUACUACUAUCUGCUCAUAAUUUUUGUGUUUCCCCUUCAGAGGUAGUGUACGCACUAGAGAAGCUGGGCACGAAGGUACAAUGCCCGCAAACAAUGAAAUCGGACCCAAGAACCAGGAGGUCCAGCGUCCUCUGCGAAUUUCACCAAGAAAGAGGGCAUAAGACCGAGGAUUGCAUAGGUCUACAACAAGAAGUAGUCAGGAUGCUGAAUGAGGGGUAUCUGAAAGAACUGUUGAGCGACAAAGGAAGAGCUAACUUCGCCCGAGGACGUGACCCAUCUCAAGGACCUCCAAAGCCACCGUCGCCAGCACCCACCAUAAAGAUGAUCAUUGGCGGUGGCGACGACAUGGUAAUCAACCAUGUGAAGUUCACCAUCACGCAUAAACUCAAACUAACGGUCGCCCACGAACGGUAUGUUGACCUCGAAGACAGUAUCAUCUUCGAUAAGUUAGAUGCCGAUGGUUUGUCUUUCCCUUACUAUGAUGCCUUAGUUAUAACUUUACGCAUCGCUGAUACAGAUGUAAAAAGAAUCAUGGUAGAUGACGGAAGCAUCGCAUGUAUUGUUCACUCGAGAGUUCUCAUGCAAAUAAGGCUCGAGGAUAAAAUAGUACCACAUUGCAUAACGCUAACGGGUUUUAACAAUGCAGUAGAACAGACUUUUGGAGAAAUUUUGCUACCUGUACUAGUAGGAGGAGUCACCCUGGAGACAACAUUCCACGUUAUGAACCAGGAAACAACCUACAAUGCCAUCAUAGGGAGACCAUAG